AUGUCCAUAUCCUAUGAGGAGCUGAUCGCUCUGCGCCGUGCUCAGGCGACCGAGAAAAAGCGGCCUCAACAUCCGGCGUACGACCCACCGCAUCCGACGCUGCCAGCCUCCUCCCCUCCACGAGGUGCCGCGCACCCAACUAACAGUUUACACGGACGCCGCUACCCUGCGGCUGCUGCCGCACCAACACCGUCUUCCACCAAAUCAGCGACACCGUCCUCGCUCUCGGCAGAGACGACGAUAAAGAAGGCGGCCAAAGCGCUCGAAGCCUCGCCUGUGCCGAAGGAGCGAGAGCCAAAGGUGAUGGCGCCGGUGCAGCACGUGCGGGGCGAGGUGUCACGGACGGAGCUGAUCCAGCGCAAGCGGGCGCGCAUGGACGCCGCGGCGACGCUGCCAGAACUGCUUCUCGCACGUGGAGUGCAGCUGCCCGCUAAGAUCGACGGGAGGUUUACGGAAGACUACGCCAGCGGUGAUGUUCUGCUCAGCACUACCUCAGCUGCUGGCGAGUACGCCUCCUGGCUGCCGCUUGAGGCGAUGGAUGACGACCACCGGUACGAGGAGCUGACAGCCGUGGACUGGGCCGCUCGCAUCGAAGCCGCCGCGCCGACAGGGCUGCCGUGCCUCUUCUGGAAGGCCGCUCAAUAUCAGCACCAGGGCAAGGGCGAAUGGGCGCGUGGGCACGUGACUGAGGUGGACGUGGCAACGGAGAUGUACCACGUCCUCCCGUGUGUGGAAGGCGCAUCCGCGAUGCCGGCGACGCAGCACAGGCGCUCCGACACUGCAGAGGGUGGCAGCGUCGCUGGAAGCGUAGGCAAGCCUGCCGCCCAGGUGCUGCCGCGCGUGUUUGUGUGCUUUGAGGCGGAGGACGUGGUGAACUUUGCGGACCGCUUCGCCGCCGCCCACUACCGCAGGGCGACGGCCGAGGCGGCGUUGCGCCUGGAGCUGUACGUGGACUCCAUCCCCGUGGACGAGUACGCCUCCCUCGACCCACUCGUGGGGAACCGCGUGCGGGUUGCCGCGCUCAGCACACCGGCGCUGGUGGAGGGCGAGUCGAACCUGAACGUGGCCGGUGCGUUGGAGGAGGUGCGAGCGGGGUACAGCCGUGUCAUGAACGCCGACCUUUUCCGCCACACGACGCACUCCGGUGGACUCGCCCAGCUCAUGGGGCCCAUCGUGGCGCCGUCCUACACGGCCUCCUCCGCCUCCCCCCUCUUCGUCGACGAGGAAGCGCGGCCUGUCCCGGUUUACGGAGUCCAGCCGGGCCGUGUCGCACGUUUCGCCGCCACGGUGCAGGCCUUCCGCGCGCAGUGCUUUUGGCAUGCAUCGCCGGUGCUCACGGACCUGACGCGUGCUGUUGCCACUGCGGACGACGCCCUGCUCGCCCGCUGCGCCUUUGUGCUCUACUCCGCGACGGAGAUGAAGCGCCCCAUCGGUUUGAUGGACCUCGAGGAGGUGGAGACAGCAGCGGUGCGCGAGUCCUUUCUGUAUGCCCGAGACACCUGGUUGGCGCAGACGACCGCGCUGGUGAAGCGGACGCUGACGCCGCUGCCGGCCUCCGCGCCGGUCCACCUGCUGCAUUACGACGCGACCCAGUACACGGGCUGCACAACGGAGCGCUACUUGCGGCAGCUGCAGUUCCACAUGCAAGACGCACUGCAGCACUACUUAAUCAGCUCGCUGGAGGCGUUUGUCCGCUUCGUCGAGCACGCCAGCGACAAGGCGGUGGUCGUGCGUGGGAUGGCGGACGUCGCAGUCACGCGGGGGGCGCACCCCGCCUCAUGCGACCGCUUCGGCGCCGAUGACCGCAUCACGGCGAAAUUCCUCGAGGCCCCGCCGUAUCCCCUGCCACCGCUGCUGUCGGUGGUGCUGCAGUGCGUGCACUCCGCAGAGGAGUCCCCGGCGCAACCCACCGCGGCAGCGGACACGUCGUCUGCUCCGCCGUCACCACAGUCGUCGGCCAAGCCCGCCUCCACCGCCGUGAAGGCGGUGACCUUCACGACCCGCUUAGAGUACAGCUACACGGUGGACAAGAUGCGCAUCACCCUGCGCAGUCUCCUCACACGGUGCCUCACCCAGCACAGCAGCCUGCGCACGGUGGAGCGGGCCCUGUUUAACUUCCUGUACGAAACAACCACCGCCUUUUUGGACGUUCCAACGGGCAGCUGCCCACUGAUGGAGUCGUGGACACGGCGACUGGAUGCGGUACUGGAGCGCGUGGAAGCCUCCAUGGCGGCCUACAAGGACACCUUCUCCCCUCUUGCUCCGGUGAUCCAGCUGGACAUCGAGGCGUACAUGCGCAGCUUUGACGAGCAGUUUCCCAGCACGCGCGGCGUGGAGGCGGAGGUGCGGCGGCUUCUCCACCUGCAGCAGCAAGUGCUGGACUCUAUUCCCCUGUCCAUGGAUUUGGGCAUGCUGCAGGUGGAGUGUGCGGAGCUGCGCCGCUUUCUAUCGAAGAAGUGCGCGCAGGCGUCGUCGCGGGUGCUGGAUGUCAUGGCGGCCCGCGCGUUUCAGAAGGAGGUCGAGGUGUGCGAUCAGUACAGGGACCUGCACGCGGUGCUGCGCAAAGCCACGGAGACCCCCGAGGAGGUGGUGGCCACCAAGGACUUCAUCAAGACCCUCCCGGAGCGCACCGUGGACCUGGAGGCGGCCAUCGAGGAGGCGAAGGAGAUUCACAGCCUGCUCAACACCUUCCAGCGUCCCCUCUCGGAAGAGGAGUUCAACAAAAAGUGGAAGGCGAUCGGCUGGCCUGGUGAGCUGGAUGACUCGAUCAACGAGCGUGUCGAGGAGCUCGAAGAGACGAAGCGCUGCCUGCUCGCGUCGAUGAACCGGUCACAGGAACUGUUUGAGAGGGAGGUGGAUCGCAUGCAGAAGAUCGUCGAUCAGUACAGCCAACACCGCAACUACAAUCACAUGACUGAAAUUGCAGAGGACGUCGCCAGCGUGCAGGAGAAGAUCGCGCAGCUGCGCAGUCAGGCCAACACCUUCAACACCCAUGAGACGCUCUUUAACAUCGAGAAAACCGACUACUCCGCGGUGCACCAGCUCGCGAAAGACUUCGAGCCGUACGUGAACCUGUGGAUCACCUCCGAGAAGUGGGCGACGGCGACGAAGGCGUGGCACCAGAUGAGCUUCACCGACAUCAACGCAGAGGAGGUGGAGCAGACGGUUGCAGAGACGCUGCGCAUCAUGAACAUGUGCGUGCGCAGCCCCCAACUCACGCCGGAGCUGGCGCAGGUGGCGGAGCAGACGCGGGACAGCGUACAGCAGUUCCGCCCGUUGGUGCCGACCAUCAAGUGCCUGCGCAUGGAGGGCAUGAAGGAUCGUCAUUGGAGUCAGCUGUCGAAGGAGGUCGGGUUUGAUGUUGAGCCGGGCGUCACGGUGGAGACGCUCAGCGACGUGGAGCGGCUGAACUUGCCAGAGCACAACGGGGUGCUCAUGCGCAUUUCAGAGGUGGCUGCGCGCGAGUACCACAUUGAAACUUCGCUGGAGAAGAUGCGGGCGGAGUGGGCGGACAUGCGAAUGGGCGCGAUGGCGUACAAGACAACCGGCUGCUACAUCAUCAAGAAGGACGUCGUCGAUGCCACGCAGGAGAAGCUGGAUGACCAGACGCUGCUCACGCAGAGCCUGUCCUUCUCUCCCUUCAAAAAGCUCUUUGAGGAGACAAUUGCGGCGUGGGAGGGUUCGCUGAAACUGGUGCAGGACGUCCUCGAUGCAUGGCUGCAGUGCCAGAAGUCGUGGCUCUACCUCGAGCCCAUCUUCCAGUCCGAGGAUAUCUCCCGCCAGCUUCCGUCCGAGUACAAGCGCUUCCAGCAGGUUCACAAGAACUGGCAGUUCCUGACAAAUGAGGCGCACCGCAUCGACCUGACGCUAGACUUCUGCACGCGGACGGAGCGCUGCCUCGCGUUGCUGCGGGAGAACAACAACACACUGGAGAUCGUCGAGCGAGGGCUGAACCAGUACCUCGAGAACAAGCGCGCCUCCUUUGCUCGCUUCUACUUCCUCUCCGAUGAUGAGCUGCUGACCAUUCUGUCGGAGGCUCGCGACCCGCAGAAGAUCCAGCCGCAGUUCCGCAAGCUCUUUGAGAACAUCGCCCGCAUCGACAUGCGCAGUCCUGACAAUGAGAUGUUCGGCAUGUACUCGCAUAUGGAGGAGUACAUCCCGUUUGUGCAGUCGGUGCUGCCGCGCAAGUACGUCGAGAACUGGCUGACAGAGAUUGAGACGAUGAUGAAGGUGUCCAUUCGUGCGCAGCUCGAGGCGGGGCUGAAGAAUUUCGUGUCGAUGAAGCGGCAGGACUUUGUGCUGCAGUCACCGGGGCAGGUCGCGAUCGCAGUAAACCAGAUCAUGUGGACACAAGAGUGCGAAGACUCGUUGCACAAGCACGGCUCCCUCACCCCCUACGUGGAGACCGCGCAGGAGAAUCUGAUGCUGCUGGUGGAGACGGUGCGGCAGCCGCUGAACAACUUGCAGCGCAUGAACCUGAGCGGGCUGAUCACCAUCGAGGUGCAUGCCCGCGACAUUGUCGAGCAGCUCGCCAAGGCCGGCGUGGACAGCGUGUACGCCUUUGAGUGGGUCUCGCAGCUGCGCAGCUACUGGGAGAACAAUGACUGCUUUUUGCGGCAGGUGGAGGCGCAACUCCGCUACGGCGGCGAGUACCUUGGCAACACGACGCGUCUCGUCAUCACCCCGCUGACAGAUCGCAUUUACCUAACGCUGACGGGCGCCAUGCACAUGUUCCUCGGCGGCGCGCCCGCUGGUCCAGCGGGUACCGGAAAGACAGAAACGGUGAAGGAUCUGGCGAAGGCCGUCGCGAAGCAGUGUGUCGUCUUCAACUGUCAGGAGGGCAUGACGUACGCAUCGAUGGGUAAGUUCUUCAAAGGACUUGCACAGGCUGGCGCGUGGGCGUGUUUCGACGAGUUCAAUCGCAUCGACGUCGAGGUAUUGUCCGUCGUGGCGCAACAGGUGUCGUCUCUGCAGGAAGCGGCGAGGACGAAGCAGUACCGCAUCCCCUUCGAGGGCACCGAAAUUGUGGUGGACCCGUCGUACGCCGUCUUCAUCACCAUGAACCCCGGCUACGCCGGUCGUACGGAGCUGCCGGACAACUUGAAGGUGCUCUUCCGCCCUGUCGCGUGCAUGGUGCCGGACUACGCGAUGAUUGCCGAGAUUCGUCUCUUCUCGUUCGGAUACUCCGACUCGCGCAAGUUGGCGCAGAAAAUGGUCGCCACGUUCCGCCUCAGCUCCGAGCAGCUGUCGUCGCAGGACCACUACGACUUCGGUAUGCGUGCCGUGAACACGGUUAUUUCCGCCGCUGGUCUGAUGAAGCGCGAGCACCCCGAGGAGGCCGAGGAUGUGCUGCUGCUCCGUGCGCUGCGCGACUCCAACGCGCCGAAAUUUCUGGAGGAGGAUCUGCUGCUGUUCGACGGCAUCAUCUCCGACCUGUUCCCCGGCGUCCAGCUGACGCCGGUGGACUACGCGGGCUUCGCGGCCGCCCUGGAGGAGCAGGCCGCAAAGAUGCACCUGCAGCCGACGGAGAUGUUCGUGAAGAAGUGCGUGCAGCUGUAUGAGAUGAGCGUGCUGCGGCACGGUCAGAUGGCGGUGGGCCCGACAAUGGGCGGCAAGACCUGCGCCACGCGCGUGCUUCAGGCAGCGAUGACGGAGCUGCGCAAGGCGCACAAGAACCUGCGCUUUGCCGAGGUGAAGACGCACUGCCUCAACCCGAAAAGUAUCACGAUGGCGCAGCUGUACGGCGGCUUCGACGAGGCAACGGCGGAGUGGCGCGACGGCAUCAUUGGCGAGAUCUUCCGCUUCGCCGCGCGCGACACGACGGAUGCGCGGCAGUGGAUCAUUUUCGACGGCCCCGUCGACGCCCUCUGGAUCGAGUCGAUGAACACCGUACUGGACGACAACAAGAAACUGUGUCUGAUUUCGGGUGAGAUCAUCGCCAUGACGCCCUACAUGAACUGCUGGUUUGAGGUGGAGGACCUCGCGGUCGCCUCGCCUGCGACGGUCUCGCGCGCGGGUAUGAUUUACCUAGAGCCUGACACCUGCAUUGGCGUGCGCAACUACGUCCGCAGCUGGCAGCAGUACCGACUGCCCUCUUCGAUGGACCCCUACAAGGAGCACCUGCAGGAGCUGUGCGAGCAGCUCUUCCCCUCGCUCAUUCAGUUUGUGCAGACGGAGGUGAAUGAGUACAGCCCGUCAAGCUGGCCUUGCCUCGUGGUCUCGUGCUUUAACCUCUUCGACUGUUUCAUGGGACCGUACACGCCGACGCGAGCGUACGAGGUGCCGCAGGACAAGCUCGACUAUCUGCGCGAGAUCUAUCUGCAUCUUCUUGUCUUUUCGAUUGUUUGGUCGUUUGGCGCCACCGGCGAUCGCGCGAGCCGGCUGCGCUUUGACAAGUUCCUCCGCGACGAGCUGCGUCUGCGCAACAUCAACAUCGACCUGCCAGUCAUCGGCAACCUGCAGGACUACCAGUUCGUCGUCGAGGAGCGACGCUGGGUUGCGUGGACGGAGCGGUUGCCGCCCUUCACCACGCAGGUGACGCAGCGGAACUUCUCCGACAUCAUCGUCCCGACGGCGGACGUGGCGCGUUACAAGUAUGUGAACCGGCUCCUUCUCGAGCAUUCCUACCACACGCUGUGCUGCGGUCCUACGGGAACGGGCAAAACGGUCCUGAUGCGGCAGCUGCUGAUGCAAGACAUGCCGAAGGAGUGCACGCCGAUCUUUUUCACCUUCUCGGCCCGCACGAGCGCGAACCAGACGCAGGACCUGAUCUUUUCAAAGUUUGAGGUGCGCAAGCGCGGCUCGCCGCAGGUGUGGGGUGCCCCGCUCAACAAGAAGUUCAUUAUUCUCGUGGACGACAUGAAUAUGCCGCUGAAGGAGCAGUACGGCGCACAGCCACCGGUGGAGCUGCUGCGGCAGUUCAUGGACUACCACGGCUGGUACGACACUCGCACGCGUGAGUUCUUCUCGAUUGUCGACGUCGUGAUGGCCGGCACGAUGGGUCCGCCGGGCGGUGGGCGCCACUUCAUCACGCAGCGCUUUCUGCGCCACUUCCAUCAGAUCGCCUUUCCCGAUAUCGAGGAUGACAGCAUGCGGCGCAUCUUUGUGUCCAUGCUCGACAGUUAUUUCUCCCUCUUCUCCGAGGACGUGCGGGCGAAGCUAUCGUCCGUCAUUACCGCGUCGAUUGAGGUGUUCAACGUGGUACUGGAGGAGCUGAAGCCGACCCCGGCGCGGCCGCACUACCUCUUCAACAUGCGCGACCUGGCCAAGGUGAUGGACGGACUCACGAAUGCCACGCCAAACACCGUGAAGUCGGUGCCGGCGCUGGUGCGGCUGUGGCUGCAUGAGGAGAUGCGCACCUUUCAGGAUCGCCUGACUAGUGACGCGGAUCGCAGGUGGUUUCAGGAGCUGCUCGCCAAGCAGCUGCAGAAACACGUGAAGCUGACGGCGGAUGAAGUGCUACAGUCGUCCCGCAAAAAGGAUACAGCCGCAGCAGCAGGCGCGGCGGCGCUCUCGCCGGAAGCAGGCGGCAUGUCCGAGCUUUUAUUCGUCGACUUCAUGGGUAGCAAAGCGGAGCAGCGAGUCUACCAGGAGGCGACGGACUUUGGUGCCGUGGUGAAGAACUUGGAGCAGCAGCUGACAGACUACAAUCAACUGUGUGUGGGCGGACGGCAGCUGGACUUGGUUAUGUUCUCCGAUGCCGUGCAGCACGUUUGCCGCAUCGCGCGUGUGAUUCGGAAGCCCAACGGGCACGCGUUGCUUCUCGGUGUGGGCGGGUCGGGUCGGCAGUCCCUGUCGCGGCUGGCGGCGCAUCUGAAUGAGUACGACCUCUUCCAGGUAGAGAUUUCGAAGGGGUACACGAUGAACGCGUGGCGCGAAGACCUGAAGAAGGUGCUGCAGAAUGUCGCCUUCCACGACAAGCACAUGCUCUUCCUCUUCACAGACACGCAAAUCGUGCAUGAGGGCAUGCUGGAGGAUGUCAACAACCUUUUGAACUCCGGCGAGGUACCAAACCUGUUUGUCGGGCCUGAAUUGGAGGACUUGCUGAACUCCAUGCGGCCUUUGUGCAUUGCGGAGGGUUUGGCACUCGACAAGGUCACCAUCUUUGCCCGGUUCGUGCGCAGCUGCCGCGCGCAGCUGCACAUCGCACUGUGCAUGUCGCCGCUCGGUGAGGUCUUUCGCAGCCGCCUGCGCAUGUUCCCUGCUCUGGUGAACUGCUGCACGGUGGACUGGUUCUCUGCGUGGCCGCAGCAGGCCCUGCGCAGUGUGGCGCACAACUACUUCGCCGCGAUGCCGCUGCUGGAGCACCAGCCGACGGUCGUGGACGCCUGCACGGAGGUGUGCGUGCGGGUGCACGUGAGCGUGGAGGCCAUUUCUGCGCGCUUUCUCACCGAGACGCAGCGACACAACUACGUGACGCCGACCUCCUUCCUCGAGUUUCUCUACACCUUCCGCACGCUGAUGGAGACGCAGACGGAGCGCAACCAAACGACGAAGGACCGAUUUGUGAACGGUCUGGAGAAGUUGCGCGAGACGGAGGAUGCCGUGGCCGGGCUGCAGCAGACCCUCGCGGAGAGUCAGCCCGUGCUGCUCCAAACGAACGAGUCGAUUAAGAAGCUGGUGGUGGAGAUGGAGGUGCAGACCGAGGAGGCGGAGAAGACGAAGAGGGAGGCGCAGAAGGAGCAGGAGGCGGUGGCCACCAUGCAGGCGGAGUGUGCCGCGAUCGAGGGCGAGGCGGAAGGUCAGCUGGCGGAGGCGCUGCCGGAGCUGGACCGCGCCUUGGAAAGCUUGAAGAAUCUCAAGUCAUCGCAGAUUACGGAGGUGGCCGGCUACAAGUCUCCCACCGCGGGCGUCGUAAUGACGGUACAGGGCAUCUGCAUCAUGUUCCAGAUCAAACCACAGAUGCGCGCCGCCAACCCAAUGGAGGAGAAGAAGCCGGACUACUGGGCCACGGCGAAGGAGCAGCUGCUGAACAACCCCAACGCGCUGCUGCAGCGACUCAUCCAGUACGACAAGGAGAACAUUCCCGAGCGACUCAUCCAGGCCAUCAUGCCCCUCGUCUCGUCCGAGGACUUCACGCCGAAGAAGAUCGCCGGCGCCAGUCAGGCCUGUGCGGCGAUGUGCCAGUGGACGCAUGCCAUGGUGCGCUUUCACGAGGUGAACAAGAAGGUUGCCCCACUGCGGGAGCGGCUGGCGGUGGCGCAGCAGGCAAAUCAGGAGGCGCAGGUGAAGCUACGGGAGGCAGAGCAGCAGCUGGCGGAGGUGGAGAAGCGGCUGGCCGAUAUGCAGCACCGCAAAGAGGAGGCGGAGAAGGAGCUAGAGGAGCUGGACCAGAAGGUGAAGCGAACCGCGCUGCGACUGGAACGGGCGGCCAUGCUCAUUGACGGCCUCGCUGGCGAAAAGCGCAGCUGGAUACAGUCCGCGGAGCGCCUGGACGAGUCCGCCCAGUUCCUAGUAGGGGACCUGCUGGUGGCAGCAGGGCAGAUCGCCUACUGCGGCCCCUUUACGGCGAACUAUCGUCAGGACCUGCUCGAGACGUGGGGCAAGGAGCUGAACGCGCGCUCCAUCGUGCACAGUCCACAGUUUUCCAUAUUCCACACCCUGCAGGACGCCGUGGCGACGCGGGAGUGGGUGAUGAACGGCCUGCCGAUGGACACGCUUUCGAUUGAGAACGCCCUCUUUGCGCAGCACGCACGCCGGUGGCCCCUUCUCAUCGACCCACAGACGCAGGGCAACCGCUGGAUUCGCAAGACGUACAAGGACUCGCUGGAGGUGGUGAAGUCGAACCAGAAGGACCUGAUCAAGCGCAUUGAGUUCUGCAUCCGCGCUGGGCGACCGGUGCUGCUGGAGAACGUCGGCGAGGAGCUCGAUGCCAGUCUCAACCCGCUGCUGGAUCGCCAGACCUUUAUGGAGGGCGGCACGGAGAUGAUCCGCAUCUCCGACACGCCCAUCCCGUGGAACCCGCGGUUCAAGUUCUUCAUGACGACGAAGCUGCCCAACCCCCACUACAUUCCCGAGGUGAUGGUGCGCGUGACGCUGCUGAACUUCUUCAUCACUCCGCAAGGGCUGGAGGAUCAGCUGCUCGGCGUGGUUGUCGGGCAGGAGCGGAAGGAGCUAGAGAUGCGGCGCAGCGACCUCAUUCAGAAGAACGCCGCGAUGAAGGCCGACCUUGUCCAGACGCAGGAGAGCAUCUUGCGCAAAUUGAAGGAGGUGAAAGGCGACGUGCUCGACGAUGUGGAGCUCAUCCAGUACUUGAAUGAGUCGAAGGAGAAGACGCUUGAAAUUACGGCGCGUGUGGCGGAGGCCGAGGCGGCCGAGGUGGAGCUGACGGCGAGCCGUGAGGAGUACCGCCCCAUCGCGCAUCACUCCUCGUGCCUGUACUUCUGCUGCUCCACCCUGUCGAACGUGGACCCGAUGUACCAGUACUCGCUUCAGUGGUUCGUGCAGCUCUUCAUCGCGAGCAUUGACCAGGCAAGCCGCUCCGACAACCUCGUGCAGCGCCUUGAAAACCUGAAGGACUACUUUACCUACAGCUUCUACCAGAACGUCAGUCGCUCCCUCUUUGAGAAGCACAAGCUCAUGUUCUCCUUCUUCCUGUGCGUGCGUUUAAAAGAGCAGCGGGGCGAGGUGGACUCGGUGGAGCUGCGCUUUCUGCUGCAAGGACCGGCGCUAGUAGCCGACGCUGCCAACAACCCAGACUCGAGCUGGAUCACGCCGUCGACGUGGAAUGACUUGUGCUACCUUGACCACGAUUUCAGCACCUUCAAAGGACUUCAGGCACACCUGCGUGCGAACCUGGUCCACUACCGAGAGCUCUUCAUGUCGUCCGCCGCACAUCGGCAGCCGAUGGCGGGCGACUGGGCGGCGAAGCUGACCCCCAUGCAGCACAUGAUGUUCCUCCGCUGCGUCCGCCCGGACAAGUUGAUGGAACGGGUGCAGGACUUCGUGACGGAGGAAAUGGGCGCCCGCUUUAUUCGCCCGCCGCCGUUCGACUUGGUCACCUCCUUCAGGGACUCGAGCCCGUCCGUGCCGCUCAUCUUCAUUCUCUCGCAAGGCGCGGACCCCUACGAUGACUGGAAGCGCUUCGCGGAUGCGCAGAACAUGAGCAAGAAGCUGUACGACAUUUCUCUCGGCCAAGGCCAGGGCCCACGCGCGGAGCGGAUGAUGUCGGACGCGAUGGAGAACGGGUCGUGGGUACUACUGCAGAACUGCCACCUGGCGACGUCGUGGAUGCCGACGUUGGAGCGCAUUGUGGAGGGCAUCGCCCCGGCCACGCACCCCAGCUUCCGUCUGUGGCUUACGUCGAUGCCCAACGCGCACUUUCCCGUGGCGGUGCUGCAGAACGGUGUGAAGAUGACGAACGAGCCGCCGAAGGGUAUUCAGGCGAACGUGUCGCGCUCCAUUGCUGCCUACUCGCCAGACUUCCUCGAAGCCUGCCACAAACCCGCCGAAAUGAAGAAGCUCUUCUUCUCCAUGUGCUUCUUCCACGCACUGGUGCAGGAGCGGCGCAAGUUUGGCCCGCUCGGGUGGAACAUCGCCUACGAGUUCACCAGCGGCGACCUGGCGUGCUGCGAGAUGCAGAUCAAGAUGUUCCUUGACAAGUACGCGGAGGUGCCGUACACUGUCAUUCGCGAGCUGAGCGGCAACAUCCACUACGGCGGGCGUGUGACAGACGACUGGGAUCGCCGCACCCUCAACACGCUGCUGGAGCGCUUCGUGACGCCGGACAUCAUGCACGACGACUACCAGUUCUCCCCGCACUUGAAGGAGUACCGGUCCAUUCCCGCCACGAACAAGCAGGGCUACCUCGACUACGUCGCGUCCUGGCCGCUCAACACGAACCCAGAGACCUUCGGCCUGCACGAGAACGCCGACAUCACGUGCGCCCGCACGGAGACGUUUGAGACGUUGCAGGCAGUGGUGCUGCUGCACAGCGAUCAGACUGCCUCGACCUCGUCUUCCUCGACCGCCGCUGCUGCCGUCACGACGCCGGACGACGUUGUCAAGGCGCUGACGGUGGCCAUUCAGGGCAAGGUGGGCAAGCCGUUUGACUUGAGUCUCUUCCGACGCAAGUACCCGACGAUGUACGAGGACUCGAUGAACACGGUGCUCGUGCAGGAGGCGAUCCGCUUUAACCAGCUGGUGGCACUGCUGCACCAAACGCUCGAGCAGCUGCCCAUGGCCAUCAACGGCGAGGUAGUGAUGAGCAAGGAGCUGGAGGACGUCUACCGCUCGCUGUACAACAACCAGGUGCCCACGAUGUGGGCUGACCGCGCGUACCCGAGUCUCAAGUCUCUCGGUGCGUGGGUGGACGAUCUGGUGCGACGGCUGGCGAUGAUACAGGAGUGGUACGACAACGGACACCCCCGCACGUACUGGAUAUCCGGCUUCUUCUUCCCGCAAGCCUUCUUGACCGGCAUUCUGCAAAACUACGCACGCACGAUGCACAUUUCCAUUGACACGAUCAGCUACGACUUUGAGUGGAUGAACACGGACCCGGCCACGGUAAUCGCCGCGCCGGAAGUUGGGUGCUACAUCCACGGCAUGUUCAUCGAGGGUGCACGCAUCGACUUCGACACGCUGACCCUUGCCGAGUCAAAGCCGAAGGUGCUGUACGAGCAAGCACCGAUGCUGUGGCUGAAGCCGGUCAUCAACCGCGAGGCCCCCACCGAAGGCAUCUACGCGUGUCCGCUGUACAAGACCGUCCGACGUGCGGGCACGCUGAGCACGACAGGGCAUUCGACAAACUACGUGCUGACGGCGGAGAUUUUGACCUCACCCGGCGUUGACCCGAAGCACUGGAUUCGCCGCGGUGUUGCACUGGUGUGCGCGUUGAGCACGUAG